ACUACUGUUAAAAUAAUGCUAACUACAUCAAUUGUAGAGCAAUAUAGAAAUACCACUGUUAAAAUAGUACUCAAUACAUCAAUUGUAGAGCGAUAUAGAAAUAUCACUGUUAAAAUAGUGCUCAAUACAUCAAUUGUAGAUCAAUAUAGAAAUACCACUGUUAAAAUAGUACUCAAUACAUCAAUUAUAGAGCGAUAUAGAAAUACCACUGUUAAAAUAGUGCUCAAUACAUCAAUUGUAGAGCGAUAUAGAAAUACCAGUGUUAAAAUAGUGUCCAAUACAUCAAUUGAAGAGCGAUAUAGAAAUACCACUGUUAAAAUAGUGCUCAAUACAUCAAUUGUAGAGCGAUAUAGAAAUACCACUGUUAAAAUAGUGCUCAAUACAUCAAUUAUAGAGCGAUAUAGAAAUAUCACUGUUAAAAUAGUGCUCAAUACAUCAAUUAUAGAGCGAUAUAGAAAUACCACUGUUAAGAUAGUGCUCAAUACAUCAAUUUCAGAGUGA